AUGGCUCCGAGCUCAAGAGGAGUAGAGUCGUCCGCCAUGAGGAGGAGGAGGAGGAGGAGGAGAGGGGGAAGAGGGGGGGGGAGGGAGGGGAGGGGGGACGACAGCACCUGGAGAGGUGGUGCGGUCAAGGAAGGGGGGGACGACACCACCUGGAAGGGUAGUGCGGUCACGGUGCGUGCGGCUGCGCUGGGUUACCCGCGGCUGCGCUUUGUCACGUGUGACUGCGCCCAGCGCUGUCCGCCCUUGUCGCUGCGGUUUAGGCCACGACGAGCGCCCGCGUUUGUCGUGGCGGAUGCGCCCGUCCGCGGCUGUCGUGGCGGUUGGGGUCGCGUCCGCGGCGGUCGCCCGCGCGGGUCGCGUCCGCGGCGGUCGCCCGCGCGGGUCGCGUCCGCGGCGGUCGCCCGCGCUCGACCGCCCGCGCUCGUCGCGUCCGCGGCGGUCGGCGGUCGCCCGCGCUCGUCGCGUCCGCGGCGGUCGCCCGCGCUCGUCGCGUCCGCGGCGGGCGGCGGUCGCCCGCGCUCGUCGCGUCCGCGGCGGUCGCCCGCGCUCGUCGCGUCCGCGGCGGGCGGCGGUCGCCCGCGCUCGUCGCGUCCGCGGCGGGCGGCGGUCGCCCGCGCUCGUCGCGUCCGCGCCGGGCGGCGGUCGCCCGCGCUCGUCGCGUCCGCGGCGGUCGGCGGUCGCCCGCGCUCGUCGCGUCCGCGGCGGGCGGCGGUCGCCCGCGCUCGUCGCGUCCGCGGCGGGCGGCGGUCGCCCGCGCUCGUCGCGUCCGCGGCGGGCGGCGGUCGCCCGCGCUCGUCGCGUCCGCGGCGGUCGCCCGCGCUCGUCGCGUCCGCGGCGGUCGGCGGUCGCCCCGACGGUUAG